AUGACGGAUCAAAAGACAUUUGAUAACCUAAGGAUUACCGACCACAAGAAUUUGACGAGGAGAUCGUUCGGAUUUACGAACAAUAUACACUACGAGAAGUUUGACAGUAAAAAAUUGAUGAUCAGUACGCGAGAGGGAAGAACGUUACUUUUUCGCAUUUCCGACUGUUCUUCACCCGGUGUUCGUAGAAGUUACAAAUAUGGAAUGGUUCAACUUAGUGCACCGAUUCGGACCGGUGAGGAGAUCGCAUCCGUGCUGGAUGUGAUCGGAGAGAAAUGCUAUAAAAAGAUAAAGGGAGAAAAGGGAAACGCGAUGUCGUGUCUUUCCAGGAACGGAGAUGAACCCGUCCUUUACACGAAAUUAGACGACGAGACACUUUUUUUCGAUGGGAACGGUGAACGUGUUGGUCAUCGUGAAUAUAGGGAUCGACCGUUUCAGGCAGAUUCGGUUGUUAUAAGGAUCGAAAGUGUUUUCAA